AUGGCGGACUUGGAAGCUGUGCUGGCGGAUGUCAGCUAUCUGAUGGCCAUGGAGAAAUCCAAGUGUACACCAGCAGCAAGAGCCAGUAAAAGGCUUGUUUUGCCUGAUCCGAGCGUCCGGAGUGUGAUGUAUAAAUAUUUGGAAAAGGAGAACGAAUUGAAUUUCCAUAAAAUAUUCAAUCAAAUUUUAGGUUAUUUGCUCUUCAAAGAUUUUUGUGAAAAUGAUUCCGAGGAACCCAUACAGCAGCUAAAAUUUUACGAACAGAUAAAAAAUUUCGAAAAAACCGAAAGCUAUGAAGAGCGGAAAGAAUUAGCACGAGAAAUAUAUGACAAUUUUAUUAUGGAGGAAAUGCUCUCUCACACAUACGAAUAUUCCAAAGAAGCUGUAGCCAGUGUACAGAAGUAUCUAUUGAAAAAUGAAGUACCAGUAAAUUUAUUUGAGCCUUAUAUUGAGGAGAUUUUUAACCACCUAAAGGGCAAACCAUUUAAAAAGUUCUUAGAGAGUGACAAAUUUACACGCUUUUGUCAAUGGAAGAACUUGGAGCUUAAUAUACAGUUGACCAUGAACGACUUCAGUGUUCACCGUAUUAUCGGUCGCGGUGGCUUUGGCGAAGUUUAUGGCUGUCGAAAAGCUGACACUGGCAAAAUGUAUGCCAUGAAAUGUUUGGACAAAAAACGCAUCAAAAUGAAACAAGGUGAAAUGUUAGCGCUAAACGAACGAACAAUGUUGCAGGCAGUGAGCACAGGGAUGGAUUGUCCAUUCAUUGUUUGCAUGACCUAUGCAUUUCAUACACCUGACAAGUUGUGUUUCAUACUUGAUCUAAUGAAUGGCGGCGAUUUACAUUAUCAUCUAUCACAACAUGGUGUCUUCAAUGAGGAUGAAAUGAAGUUCUAUGCCGCUGAGGUAAUUUUGGGCUUGGAGCACAUGCACAAACGCUUUAUAGUCUAUCGUGACUUAAAACCAGCUAAUAUUUUACUCGAUGAAAAUGGGCAUAUACGUAUAUCCGAUCUGGGUUUGGCAUGUGAUUUUUCACGUAAGAAACCACACGCUUCAGUUGGCACACAUGGCUAUAUGGCGCCAGAAGUGCUAUCGAAAGGCACUGCCUACGACUCAUGUGCCGAUUGGUUCAGCUUCGGUUGUAUGCUAUACAAAUUGCUUAAGGGUCACUCACCGUUCAGACAGCAUAAAACAAAGGAUAAACACGAAAUCGAUCGCAUGACAUUGACUAUGAAUGUUGAGUUACCCGAUUGUUUUACGCCCGAAUUAAGAAGUCUUUUGGAUUCAUUGUUACAGAGAGAGGUUGAAAAGCGACUGGGUUGCAUGGGUAAUGGUGCUGACGAAGUGAAAAUGCAUCCAUUCUUCUCGGGUAUCGAUUGGCACCAAGUUUAUGUUCAAAAAUAUACACCACCAUUAAUACCACCGCGUGGCGAAGUUAACGCCGCUGAUGCAUUUGAUAUUGGUUCAUUCGAUGAGGAGGAUACGAAAGGCAUUAAACUAACAGAUAGCGAUCAAGAGCUAUAUAAAUUCUUUCCAUUAACAAUUUCCGAGAGGUGGCAACAGGAAAUUGCCGAAACAGUAUUUGAAAGCGUCAAUAUUGAAACUGAUAAAAUCGAGCAAAAGAAAAAAGCCAAACAAAAGCAGCAUUUCGAUGCUGACGAAAAAGAGUCUGAUUGCAUUUUACAUGGCUACAUAAAAAAAUUGGGCGGCUCAUUUGCAUCACUCUGGCAAACUAAAUAUGCCAAACUUUAUCCAAAUCGAUUAGAGAUGCACUCGGAGAGUGGCAGCAAUAAGCCGGAGCUUAUAUUUAUGGACCAAAUCGAAGAUAUAUCCUCCGAUUUUAUACACUACAAAGGUGAACAGUGCAUACAAAUUCGUGUCAACGAUGGAUCUCGUGAUGGACGAAUAGUUCUUACAAACUCAGAUGAAAUCGGCUUAAAGGAAUGGGCUUUCUCACUACGAUCAGCACAUAAAAAGUCACAAGAACUUUUAGGCUCUAUGGCACGAAAAGCAGGGAAAAUUUACGGCAGCGAACGUGACGCAAAUAAAUCUUUGUAUAUAUUAACGGGUAGCAGUCCAGUCUCCAAAGUUUCCAAUGGUUCCAACUAGCAAAUAUACAAGGGACACACACAGGUAGUAGAGUAUGGACAAUGGCAGGAAAAUAUACAAAUGUUAGAGCAGCAGAAAAAUAUGCAGACGCAGCAGCAGCAACAGCAGCAGCAGCAGAAGCAUGAAGAGAAGCAGCAGCAAAUGAAGAAUAAGCACAAGCACCAACUAAAGCUCCAAUUUAUAUUUGAGUUUGUUAAGCAAACGUUUUUUUAUUACAAUGUGUAACAUUUUCUAGAAUAUUUUUGUUUUUCGAAUUUCAUGAUUGGUUUGAUAUAACUGUUUUUUAUUUUUAAUUUUUUUUUAAUAUAAAACUACUGUUAAUCGGGAGUAAAAUAAAAUAGAAUGUACUAAAAACCUAACAAAACAAGAACAUACAUACAUACAUGCAUACAGUAGUACAUACAUAUAUUACUGAUUGUAGUGUGGAAAAUAAGGAAAAAGCUGACAGUAGUCAUAUACUCGUACAUAUGUACAUACAUACAUACACAGAUACAUAUGUGUAUGCAGAUACUCUGCAACUGCGUGGUGAAAAGCAGCUUUAAAUGGCAACAAUGCAAGCGCGUUAAAGAAACAAAAAGGAUUCCACAUGUGCAUGCUAUACAAGUGCAUAAAAUACAACGGGCAUAUCAACAACAAUAAAAAAUGUUUAAUUAAAUCGCCGCGCAUUCCUUGUGUCGUCACACACGUACUAAACACAUAUACAAACAUACUUACACAUGAAUGUGGUCCCAAAGUUGGUUUUUCGCCGAAAAAAAAUGCAAAAAUUGCAAAGAACAGUACGAAGUACGAAUAUGCAUUUGACUAAAAAAGUAUAAAAAUAAAUAAAUAUGCAAAAUAACAUACAACAAAAAAAAAAAUAAAGAAA